AUGUCUCCCGCUUACCUUGGCUUUCAGUCUGAGGACUACAAGAUCUGUGUAGUCAUGGUCGGUCUGCCCGCUCGUGGCAAGAGUCUGAUCGCCGGUAAAGCGAUGCGAUACCUGGCCUGGGUGGGCAUUCCUGCCAAGGUCUUCAAUGUGGGCAGCUACCGCCGCCAUGCCACCCCCCAGCCGGCGGCCACCUUCUUUGAUCCUCAUAACGAAGAAGGUGAACGCAUGCGCCGAGCCGCCGCCGAGGCCGCCAUGACCGACAUGCUCCAGUGGUUCCAGGACGGAAAGGGCGUGGUUGCUGUCUUGGAUGCCACCAAUUCUACCAAAGAACGUCGCAAGUGGAUCUAUGAAACCUGCCACAAGGCCGACAUUGAGACCCUCUUCGUGGAGUCCAUCUGUGACGACGAAGACCUGAUCAUGAACAACAUCCUUGAAGUGAAGACCACCUCCCCUGACUACAAAGGUCAGGAUCCUGAACUCGCGGCUUUGGAUUUCCGCAACCGCAUUCGCAACUACGAACUCGUCUACCAGACUAUUGAUGAUGAUGAGAAGAGCUUCACUUACGUCAAGCUCAUCAACGUCGGCUCCACCGUCAUCAUCAACCAGAUCAAGGAUUACCUGUCGAGCCGCUUGGUGUAUUACAUCCAGAAUCUUCACAUCAAGCCCCGUUCCAUCUGGCUCUCUCGUCACGGCGAGUCGGAGUUUAACCUGAGCGGCAAGAUUGGUGGAGACGCCAACAUCUCGGAGCGCGGUGAGGCUUAUGCCCGAAAGCUACCCGAGCUGCUGCGUCAAUCUGGUGUGCCCGAAAACACCAAGAUUGUCAUCUGGACGUCCACCCUCAAGCGUACCAUCCAGACUGCUCGUCACCUGAAGGCCGAGACCGGAUACGAGAAGUUGGAGUGGAAGGCACUGGACGAGCUGGAUUCGGGCGUCUGCGACGGUCUGACCUACGAGGAGAUCGCCGAAAAGUACCCGGAGGAUUUUGCGGCCCGCGACGAAGACAAGUACAACUACCGCUACCGCGGUGGUGAGUCCUACCGAGAUGUGGUGAUUCGCCUGGAGCCCAUCAUCAUGGAGUUGGAGCGCAGCGAGAACGUCAUCAUUGUGACGCACCAGGCUGUCUUGCGCUGCAUCUACGCCUACUUCAUGAACGUGCCCCAGGAGCAAUCGCCCUGGAUGGAGGUGCCCCUCCACACCUUGAUCAAGCUCACCCCUCGGGCCUACGGUACGGAGGAGCUUCGCUUCAAGGCGAAUAUUCCGGCCGUCUCGACCUGGCGUGGAAAGGGUAGCUCUGCCAAGCACCAGGACUUCCCCGCCGAGGGUUCGGAGCCUGCCUCCACCGCCGGUACCCACUAA